AUGCCUUUAGUGGAAGUUUAUACUCAUGCGGAAAAUACAGAAUUAAAUAAUGAACGUUGUGUAGAAUUAUAUUUCGAGAUAAAGGAUGAACUUGAAAAAAUAUUUAAGAAAUUUCAGGGUACUGGAGAUGCAGAUAUACGCACAAAAUGUGAUGUUUUAGAUAAUAAUAUAAAUAAGCAGAAGGAAAAAUACCAAAAAUGUGAGAAGUAUUAUGUUUCAAAUGAUUCUAUAAAUAUUGGGAAUGAUAUAAAUAAUUUAUCAAAUGAAUAUAAUAAAUAUACUAAAUGUUCUAGUGAAUCGACAUUCAAUGAUAAAGGAGAUGAUAAAUCCAAACCUAAAACAAAAGAAUUAUGUAAUGAACAAGUGGAAUGCGCAAAAGAACAAGAUCUACAAGAUGAAAAAAUAACAAAAUUAAAUUGUAAAAAAGAAUUAUCUGAAUCCGACUCUUUGCAGCAGGAAGAAUAUUUAGAACAAAAUGAUAAUCAUUCUGCUGUAUCUGACAAUAAGACUGCAGAGCAGAAAACCACCUUUGCAUCUACAGCAAGUACAUUAGAUGAUUCUGUAGAACCUAACUGUCCCUCGUAUCAUUAUUCAGAUAUAGAAGUAUUUCCUUCCCCGAAUAGUUCAUCACAAGCUAAACUUAGCCUCAGUUCAGACGUAGAAUCAAACAUCCUCUCAUUUGACUUAUAUAAUGAUAAUAAAUAUAUAAUAGUGGUUGUGGAUCUUCCAAUGGCUAUAUUAGCGAUGAUAUUACAAUUAAACUUCUUAAAGACCCUACAACAAAACCUAAAUAUGGAAGUAAAAUUCAAGAAUCAGUUAAUCAAGGAACUUCUGAAGGUUUUUUUACCUCUAGAGAUUCUGGAGUUACUCAUCAUUCUAAGGGGCCUGAGAUCACUGAAAAUUUCGAUCAUUACCACACUUCUGUACAACAUGUAUCAUCUACACCAGAGAUAUCCUUAA